CCCAUCAGGUCCCUGACAGAGACGUGAGUUUGCCCGGCACUCGGAGAGGCGCUGGUCGCCCCGAGGGCGCUGCGUGGAGCGGCCCUCACCGCCCGGGCACCGCCCAGACUCCUGGGGAAUCCAUCCCCCGGGGCAGGGCCGCCCUGCCCACCGCGCGGCCCCCGCCCGCCGGCGACACUCCUUCCGCCGCUAUAAGGGCGGCGCUCGGCGCUCUCCGCAGACCUCGCAGGCAGCCCCGCAGCGGCCUCACCAUGGAGCAGCUGAGCGCGGCAAACACCCGCUUCGCCCUGGACCUGUUCCGCACCCUGAGCAAGAGCGAUCCUGCUGGAAACCUCUUCGUCUCCCCCUUCAGCAUCUCCUCGGCCCUGGCCAUGAUCCUCCUGGGGGCCAGAGGCAAUACCGCCGCGCAGAUGUCCAAGGCUCUCCAUUUUGAAGGGGUUGAGGAGAUUCAUUCCAGAUUUCAGAGUCUGAAUGCUGAUAUCAACAAGUGUGGGGCUCCCUAUAUUCUGAAACUUGCUAACAGGUUAUUCGGGGAGAAAAGCUACGAUUUCCUCCCGGAGUUCUUAGCUUCAACUCAGAAAAUGUAUGGUGCUGACCUGGCCAGUGUGGAUUUUCUGAAGGCCUCCGAAGACGCGAGGAAGGCCAUAAACGAGUGGGUCAAAGGGCAGACGGAAGGGAAAAUCCCGGAGCUGUUGGCCUCAGGUAUGGUUGAUAGCCUGACUAAACUGGUCCUGGUGAACGCCAUCUAUUUCAAAGGCAACUGGGAGGAGAAGUUCAUGACGGAGGCCACGAAGGAUGCACCUUUCAGACUGAAUAAGAAAGACACGAAGACAGUGAAGAUGAUGUAUCAGAAGAAGAAAUUUCCGUUUGGCCGUAUCGAGGACCUUAAGUGCCGGGUACUGGAAAUGCCCUACCAGGGCAAGGACCUCAGCAUGGUCAUCCUGCUGCCGGACGGCAUCCAGGACGAGUCCACGGGUCUGAAGCAGAUUGAGCAACAGCUGUCUUUGGAAAAGCUGCGUGAGUGGACCAGACGCGAGAAUCUGGAUCUUCUUGAGGUCAACGUCCAGUUGCCCAGGUUCAGGCUGGAGGAGAGCUACAUCCUCAACGACCCGCUGGCCCGCCUCGGCAUGCAGGAGCUCUUCAGCAGCCAGGCGGACCUGUCCGGCAUGUCGGGAGCCAGAGACCUCUUCAUAUCGAAGGUGGUCCACAAGUCCUUCGUGGAGGUGAACGAGGAGGGCACGGAGGCGGCGGCCGCCACCGCAGGCAUCGCCACCUACGCCAUGCUGAUGCCGGAGGAGGAUUUCAUUGCCAACCAUCCGUUCAUUUUCUUCAUUCGGCACAAUCCCUCUGCUAACAUCCUGUUCCUCGGCAGACUGACCUCCCCGUAGACACGAGAAGUACAAGGUCAAGCUUGGAGCUUUCUACCUGCCCUUUCAAUGGUGACCAUUUUCAUAGAUCUUUAGCAGUAAAGCUGUUAUCCAAAAACGAAUCUUUAAUCUCCUUUAUAAGCUCAGUUCUGUUGGCUGUUCAUACCUAUUAACUUGGCAUGGGUAUGUGUUCUUUUUUUAUCCUGAAAAAAUUCAGUGAUUUCUUUUGAGUGCGAGUUAAAAAAGAAAAAAAAUCAGAUGUGUAGAUUCUUGACAAUGUAGCCAUCUAUGAAGUUGCUAAACUUUCCUGAGAGCCGGGCGCGGGGAGAGUGGACACGGUCACGCUGUCAUCUGUUUUACAGAUAGACUUUUGGAAGCCAUAAUAGAGAGACACCCUGAUUGCUGAAGGGAGGCUUAAAAGCAUAUUCAGUUGAAACUCAGGACAGCACCCCAGUCCAGGGCCCAGGUUAUGAAGACAGGCUUGCCUUGGCAAUGCCCCUGGCUCUGCCUCCUGCAGGGUUGGUGUCCCGUCACAGCCCUCCAGGUUUCAAACGAUCGAAGAGCCACCUGGGGAUAACCUAAGCCCUCCCUUUUUUGUUCUCCCUUUUCCCUCCUGAUGUGAGUUGGAGUGGUAUCACAAGGAAUAGAGCAGUAGGUAUCUCGUCGUGAAAGAUGGCAGAAAACGACAGAAAGAAAAAUGUCGUAGGAGAUACUGUUGCGCAAAGAGGUGGUGCAGAGAUCUCACUGUUAAGCGGCUUCUCCUGUGUUUUCUGCUAAAGGCUCGUGACGUCCAUCACCUGGUACAGGUUUUUGUGGCUGUGGGAUGGCUUUAUGCGGUGCUGUGGUGGGAGACGGGGUAGGGGGUGCUCUCUGAUGAAUAUAAACCUUUGUUGACGUGGCCCUUGGAACGGGGCGUGAAGUGUUGCAUCUUCUUGCUCCCACAAAGCUGGUGGGCUGGUUAAUAAAGUUUCCUAAGAUUCUGCA